AGUUUAAAAUGGACUCAUCUCGGUUAUAUUUCCUAUCUAGAAUCAGCUGCUUUGGUCAGUUAUAGUAUUUAAACUUUAUUUUUUAAUUUUGCUUAUUAUAUUUUUGAGUGUUGAGAGACUGUUAAAGUUUGUCCUCAGUCGGUCUAGUCAUAAUCUGGUCAGACCGGUCCAUAAGUGUUUGUGUAGCCAACACCCAACUGUGACAGGGUGAGGCCUGUGAGUACAGGAGCGAGAGAGAGAGAGAACUCAGAACAGAAAACAAAACAGAAGGCAAACAUAUAACCACAUAUAAAAAUACGCUUUCAAAGAAGACUUAAAAAUGUACAAUGAGUUACAAUAGAUUAGUGAUGUAACUAACUGUGAUGAGAUUAGAGAGGUUGAAUCCAAGAUGGCGGCGCGGCAGUAGCACGCAGCAGCCACUCCGGAUACAAAAUGGUGCUAUUUUUGUCUUUAGCCCGACUUUUAUCGGUACAUGGAAAUCGGAGCUACCGGUGUACCACCGCCAGACACUGACAAGUUUCAGAAACAACACUACAGCUGUUCUGCAUGAUGAUCUGCUGGAGAAGCUACGCGAUAUCAGCUUGCUGCGGGGACCAGGCCUCCAGCCCUCGGCGUCGCCUGAUGCCGGUGGCCGGGGGAGGGGACGUCGCAAGCGGUGCAUGAGAAAGCAGAAGCGCGGAAAGAGGGCGGGGGUUCGUGCUAGGCUAAAAACAAACCCUAGCCGGCCAGCUCUCCCGUCCAUCCUGCUCUCCAAUGUCUGCUCCCUGGACAAUAAAUUGGAUUACACCCGACUCCAGCAAACUACGCGGCGUGAGUUUAGAGACUGCUGCGUCUUUGUUUUCACGGAGACGUGGCUCAGCGACAGAGUUCCGGACGCCGCCAUUCAGCUAGACGGACAAGCCUCGUUUCCCCCUGACAGAAACACAGCUCUGUGCGGCUUUAGCUUCUGGACGUCGGUCUCCCCAAUUUGAAAGACCAGAUUUUCGCACAUCCAGCAUCCAUCAACAUCUCUCAUUUGAUGGAGUGAGGAAUUCUCUCUCAGGCCUGAAGAAAUUUGAGGAAUUCUGUGAGGAGGAAUUCAGUAAAAUCUCUCCACAAG